GAGGGCAGGCGCUUGAGUCAACAACCACAAAAGUGAGGUGGCGGAAUGCCUGCAUGUGGCUCCACAGAACAAGGAGCCAAAUGCGCUGAACUCACUCUGUUGCUGUCACUUGAAAAAUAAGAAAAGAAACAUGUCAUUGUUUUUUAAGAUACAUUUUCUUCAGAUAAAAUAUUUUUCCCCUCCGUGAAACUGUAUAAUGAGAUGCUAAUGCGAUGAAUGUCCAAAGGGCCCAAGCUUGAGAAGGAUGUGUGUUGACAUUGAGAGUUUCCAUGUAAGACAAUAGGAUUCAGGGUAUUUUAAAUGAUGGCUUUUCCCUACCAAAAAAAAAGCAAUUUAGGUGAGAAAGGAUUGAUCCCUGACACAGAAGGAAGAGUGCUCGAUUCCAGCUGAUUUCUGUAUUUCGGACCUUACCCCACAGCCCUGAGGCCAAGGAAAAUCUAAAAAGCCCAAUAACUGCUUUUUAAAUCAUGAGAUCUGUGACUUUUAAAGUGCCACCGUGACUCAGAUUAUUUGUGAUUCUUUUGAAACACGAUUUGCUUCAAACCCAAUGAUCUGACAUCCCAGUUCAGGGGGAUGAUGUGUUUUUUUCACCCCUUGCUCAAUCAGCUGGCAUCUCCAAGUUUGAAUUUAGUUCCCUGGACUCUAAGGGGCCAAAGAUUUGCUUCAACCUCUGUUUAGAGAGGCAAUGAUCCUCGCGCAGCAGAAAAUUCCUCAAGGAGCUUGUUGUUAAACAAGGGGGAGGUGACAGACACCGUGGGGACUCGUCCUGUGAUAGCGCUGCUGCAGGAUGCAUGCAGGUGAAGUGCUGGAGACACAGCAGGAAGCACCCAUGCCUUUGGUGAAGGGAGAGACCAAGGCCCACCGAGGAGGCGGGAUUUGGUGAGGGACAGAGAGAACUCCACCGGUGGGAAUAGGGCAAGGAGGCGAGCAUCCGGCACAGAGCAUCAUGACCAGAGGCUCAGAGCCUCUUCAAGGUACAGCCACCAUGAGCUCAACAGGCUGAUGAUGGAAAAGAAGGGACUGUGUGUUCCAGCUUCCCUGGACGAUGGAUGGAGGCCAGCCCGUCCCUUCACCCCUGGUGCCCCUUGGGAAUGUGUCAUCGGAUGCUAGCAUGUCUCUGGAGCAGAAAACCACGUUCGUUUUUGUGAUUUUGUUGUUUAUUUUCUUGGGCAUCCUUAUUGUCAGGUGCUUCAGGAUUCUUCUGGAUCCAUAUCGGAGCAUGCCAACCUCAACCUGGGCUGACGGACUGGAAGGCCUAGAGAAAGGGCAAUUUGACCAUGCCCUGGCCUAGCAGGACAGGGGCAGGAGCCUGUCAUGAGGAGGAGGAGUGCUUCACGUCUUGGAAAGGGACUCUCUUUAGUCAGUGUUCUCAGCAAUUCAAAUUUUAACUGUACCUAGUUGGAGGACCACAACUAGUAUCAGUAAACAUCUGAGGAUACUGGAGAUGGAGGUUUACAUCACUCACCCCAAAGAGGAAGGUUUAAAUUUCUGUAUUUACUCAAUGAUUGAAGGCUGCUGAAUGUGUAUGAUGGUGAAACCAAGAGCAUCAAUAGUGACUUGGUCUAAAAUGAAGCCCUCUGGGACCUGACCAGAGAAAAAGACUAGGAAGGACCUGUUCUGACUCUGGUGACAGGACCAAAAGAGGCUUCCUCGCUCUAAUUGUGUCUCUCAGUUUGUUUUACUUUCAUGGGACUCUGAGUCCUAGGCAGAGAAUGAGGAAGCAGUUGCUGAAUGGACCCAAAGCAGGUACUUGUUUUCUCCUAAAGUGAAGAGCAUUGAGGGUGAUGGGAAUGCCUAGAAGAGGUUUUUCUGUCCUACCUCUUCUGGAAAAUAUGAGUGAGGGUGAUAUCAUCUUAUAUUUCAUGUACAACUGAAUUCAAAGUCUUAUGGAUGUUCUAAAACUCUGUACCAAGCCAAGUACAUUCUGUAUAUUCAUAUCAAUAACAUGUGUAGAGGUAGCUAUACAUAAUGUGACUUUAACUUUCUUUGCACAAUUGAUUGAAAUAAUAGGUUGCAAGUGCUGCUCCAAGCUGGGGUUUUGGUUUUUUUGUUUUGCUUUGUUUUUUGAUAAAAAGGUAAUUGUUUAGAGAAGACUUUUAUAGUCUUAAGAGGCAUGUGUGUUUAUGGCUGAAUAUAGAAACCAAAUAAAACUUUUCAAGAGACAGAA